ACGUUUAUAUUCUGUAUUAGAAAAACAAAUUAUCAUUAUUAAUGGACGAGUGUUUACGCUGAGUGAUGUUUAAAAAACAGUUUGACUUAUAAAAUGUAGACUUUUUGAUUCCUUAAUUGUUUAUAAAACAUUAAAAUUGUAUUUGUUUCGAGAAAAAUAUGAAUUGAUGUUUUUAAAAUGGUGGCUAGUUUGCAACAUAAAAAAGAAGCAUUAGAAGCUAAAAUAAGAGAUAAGACUAGUGAACUUAGAAAACUCUGCAUUGAAGAAGCUGAACUUACUGGAAUUUUGCCUCCCGAAACACCUCUAGAACCAGGUGAAAGCCCACCACAAUUUAGAAGAAGAGUAGGAACAUCAUUUACCUAUCCAGAAAAUCUUAUUAAUAAGUUAAAAUCAAAGGAGGAUGAAGCAUUAGCAGCAUUAGAGCUCGAGUGUAAAAUACAAACUGGAAUAGCUGAAGCAGCACUAGGAUUAGCAAAUGAUGGAUCAGCAAAUAAAUCAGUACGAAGGAAACAUAGAAUCUUAUAUGAAGAAAGUCAAAGAAGAUUGUCAGAGCUUGAAUCCAGGUUGAACUCUCUGCGGCAAAACCAACCAAAACAAAAGAAAAAGCCUAGACCACAAACUGAAAUUGAAAGUGAUUGUGUUGAUGGUGAUGUAGAAACUCUGUCUGACAAUGUGAGAUUCAGUAUAUUGAUGUCUCUACCUGAAAAUAGCCCAGAAAAAAGUAUAAAUUUGAUAAAAACACCUUUAAACUCUAAUGGAUUCAAAAAAAUUGAUCCUGCAUUACAUCAUUAUCAUCAAAGAAUGACACAAAAUACCAUGUUCUUGCAGAAUGUUGAAUAUAGACAUAGUGUUAUGAUACCUGAGUUCCCUCAUCAUGUUCGGUCUGGUAAUCCUUCUCCCAAUGAUUUGAGCGAUGGAUGGUAUGGCAAGAGUAGAGAACUUGCUUAUAAUUCCUCAUUAAGACAUUCACCUCUUAUAGGGAAUGUACAGGAUUUUUAUGCCGAUUCUUUCGUCAGCCACGAGAGGUUUGGUAGUUUAGAAAGAAAUUCACAACCCUUGGAGGUAAUGGAUCAUGACUCCAGAUUAUCUUCUACACUUCCUCGAAAUGUUUAUAUAUCUCAAGCAAACAGUGUAUCAGUUCUUUUACCUGGACAGACCUAUCCUGAAAAUAGUUUAAUGAGAACUCAAUCAUUAGGCAGUGUAGAUAGUGCAAAGCAGCAUGCAGAUAGAAAAACUAAAGAGAAAGAGUGGUAUGAGAGUAGCUUAGAUUCUUCUCCUCCUAAACUUUUACCUAAGAUGGACUCGCCCAUGUCUCAUACUUCUGAAGACAAGGAUUUCCCAUUUCACUAUGAAAAUAACAAUAAUAAUGCUCGAAUGAAUCAAGCUUCUGUUAAUAGCAUUCAAUUUGACACAGUUGUUCCAUAUGAAUCUCCUAAAAACCAUACUGUAGUUCAAGCUGGAAAAUGGCAACCUUACCGUGAAAUAACAAAACCAUUUGAAAUGUCAGAUUUUUAUAAAUACAGCACAAAAUUUCGUAAAAGUCAAAGCCAAGUUUUAGCAAAUGAAGCACCUUCUAUUUUACAGCAAAAGGGGAUUUAUAAACCGUUACGUCCUUUGGAAUGUCAUCCUUUAGCUUCAAAUGGAGAUGCAGUAAGUCUUAAGAUCUUUCCUGACUCAAAUAAUUCUCAAAAUGACAGCUGUCCUAGUGAUCUCGUUUCUUGGUAUCAAGAGAAGAAUUAUAAUACAAAACCCCGAUCCUCAACCCUUGUGUAAUUUAUAAGUACUGGAAAUUGUUCAUCAGCUGUUGCAAUUCAGUUUUUAUUUUCACUUGAGCUAUGUAAGAUAAUCCUAACAUGUUACAUCACAUUUUUUAAUGACACUAUAGUAAUGUUGUUAUUGUGUCCUAUUCUGUGCUGACAUUGAUAUAUGGUUGGUGUUUUAUAUAUAUAUAUAUAAAGUUAUAAUAUUGUAUUUUUUAACAACUUGUUUCCUUAAAAAUUUCAAGAUUUGUAUAUAUUGUUACUUUUUCCAACUCAUAUUACAUUAUUUUUAUAUAAAUAAAUGAUACUUUUUU